AUGCAAAUUAAACAAAAAGACACAAAACGGGUAUACACUGCAGCAAGGAGACUGCAGCAGCAGCAGCAAGGAGACAGCAGCAGCAGCAGCGGGGCAGCAGCAGCAGGGGGGCAGCAGCAGCAGCAAGGAGACAGCAGAAGCAGCAGCGAGGAGACAGCAGAAGCAGCAACGAAACAGCAGCAGCAGCAGGGGGGCAGCAGCAGCAGCAAGGAGACAGCAGCAGCAGCAAGGAGACAGCAGCAGCAGCAAGGAGACAGCAGCAGCAGCAGCAAGGAGACAGCAGCAGCAGCAACAAGGAAACAGCAGCAACAAGACAGCAGCACGAAGACUGCAGAAAGGAGACAGCAGCAGCAAGGAGACAGCAGCAGCAGCAAGGAGACAGCAGCAGCAGCAGGGAGACAGCAGCAGCAGCAGGGAGACAGCAGCAGCAGCAAGAAGACAGCAACAAUGAGACACCCAAAACAUCAUCAUUUGCUGCAGCAACAGCAACAACACAGCAUGCAGCAGCAGCUACAGCUGAUGCAGCAGCAGCAGCAGCAGCAGCAGCAGCUGCUGCUGCUGCUGCUGCUGCUGCUCCAGUGGGCCGGUCUGGCCUUCUCCUGCUGCUGCAGCUCUUCCUUUUUUUUUUUUUUUUUUUUAGUAUCAACAAACUAA